UACAGGUUGCAAAAAACAUGAUUAGAAGCGAGAAAGACAUUACUCCAUGAUGUAGCUUCGGGACUUUUAUUUUGAAAUCGCAUGACACAGGCCGCCAUUUUGCCUCAUUACCUUCCCUGAACUGUUUACAGGCUACUGGGUGAAAGGUCACGGAAUCGGAGUGAAAUCACAUAAAGAUGCGGUAACAUUGCUCUGUCUGCGUCCAUCCUGUAAUAACAACAAUAACAACAAUAACAACAACAUCUGGAAUUCAGCAACAGCUGUUUAGUUCUUGCAUCUUGAUUAUAUGGUGUAUUUUCUCCUUGCAGAUCUUACUUUGAGGUGUAAUAAUGGAUAAUCAUGCGUUUGAAUCCGUGGCCGAGCGAACUUUCCAGUAUCAGUCCACGCUGCCACCCCUGCCCGUGCCAUCCCUGGAGGAAAGCCUCAACAAGUACCUGGAUGCAGUGAAGCCAUUUGCUUCUGAGCAUGAGUUUCGUAACACAGCAGCCAUCGUGAAACGCUUUGCUUCAGGAAUCGGGCAGCAUCUUCACCAACGCCUCCUACAACGAGCCAAGAGCAGGCGCAACUGGCUGGAGGAAUGGUGGUUGGACACAGCGUAUUUGGAAAUUCGAAUGCCGUCUCAGCUUAAUGUGAACUUCGGAGGUCCAGGGCCAUAUCUGGAGCACUGCUGGCCGGCGUGUGAAGGGACGCAGUUGGAGAGGACCAGUUUUGCGACGUGGCUCACACUUCAGUACUGGGACCUCAUCCGCACGGAGAAGAUGGCCGUCCAUAAAUCAGGAAACCUGGCCUUUGACAUGGAUCAGUUCCGCAUGCUUUUUUCUACCUGCAAAGUACCUGGGAUUAACAAGGACAGCAUUGUCAACUACUUCAAGACAGAAAGCGAAGGCCCAUGUCCCUCUCACAUCAUCGUGAUGUGUUGUGGGAGAAUCUUCACUUUGGACGCUCUCUGUGAUGGGCGCAUCCUCACUCCUCCUGAAUUACUGAGGCAGCUGACCUAUAUUAAACAGAGCUGUGAUGGAGAGGUCUGGGGUGACGGAGUGGCUGUUUUGACCAGUGAAGAGAGGACGAAAUGGGCUAAGGCACGAGAACAUCUGAUCUCAAUCGAUCCUGUCAAUAAGACCAUACUGGAGACCAUUCAGAGCUCGCUGUUUGUCAUCACACUGGAUGAUGCCAAGCCAUAUUCCACCCCUGAGAAUUACACCUCGAUGACCCUGUUGGCUCUGACAGGAGACGCCACUAUCCGCUGGGGUGAUAAAUCCUACAACUUUAUCUGCUUCGCCGACGGCACCUUUGCCUCAAACUGUGAUCACGCUCCCUACGACGCCAUGGUCCUGGUGUCGCUGUGUUACUACAUCGACCAAAAAGUGAGGGCCGCCAGUGGAAAAUGGAAGGGUCCAGAAGUGGUACGAAAUCUUCCUGAUCCAGAAGAGCUUGUGUUCACUGUAGAUGAACAAGUCAGAAGAGAUAUUACACUGGCUAAAGAGCAGUAUAGCAAAAGUACUCAGGAUCUGCAGGUCGUCUGCUAUGCCUUCACCUCUUUUGGGAAAGCAGCGAUCAAGAAGAAUAAACUUCACCCGGACACAUUUGUACAGCUGGCCAUGCAGCUAGCGUACUACAGGCAACAUGGAAAACCUGGGAGCUGUUACGAGACCGCCACCACACGCCGUUUUUAUCACGGCCGCACGGAGACUAUGAGGCCGUGCACAGUGGAAGCCAUACACUGGUGCAAAGUCAUGCUCAAUCCCUCGACAACUACUGAAGAGAAAAGACAAGCGCUGCUUCGUGCUUUCGACAAACACAACAAACUGAUGGAUGAGGCUCAGAAAGGAAAAGGCUUUGACAGACAUCUUUUGGGCCUGUACCUGACCGCCAAGGAGGAAGGACUUCCUGUUCCUGAGCUUUACUCAGACCCUCUCUAUGCUAAGAGCGGCGGAGGAGGGAAUUUCAUCCUUUCCUCCAGCCUUGUCGGCUACACGACUGUUCUGGGGGCCGUCGCUCCCAUGGUGCACCACGGCUAUGGCUUCUUCUACCGCAUCCGUGACGACAGGAUUGUUGCUUCCUGUACAGCCUGGAAAUCCUGCCCCGAGACAAACGCUGAGACGUUCUUUCAGAACUUGUGCACCUCCUUCCAUGACAUCAUGCGGGUCACGACCCUGUCCCAUCUGUAGAGUAAAGCUGUCUGGGAAACGGAGUCCUUUUAGUACAGGUUCAACUUUAUGUACGUAAACAAGCUAGCAGUGAUUAAAGUGCCUUUAGCUGUACUGAACCUCAGGCUUCCAUGCGAUACAAUACGAUUCAGAUUCAUAAGUAAACGAAUCGAUAUUUGAAUCUGCAAAGGUGCGAUAUGAUUCAAUUUAGUAGCCUUUAAUCGAUAUGUGACCAACUUUGUUCAGAAUCUGUUGUAGGCCUAAGCGACUGAUAAUUGCACAGAAUAGGACUAUUUUAAAAGUACAACAGUUCUGGGGAAAUCAUCUUGAUGGGCAUUUUAAUUGAUUACACAUCAAUUUAAAAAUAUGAAUUAUUUUUACACAUCAGUUUGUCCUUUGAUAAAAAAAUCUAUUGUGAUUGUUGCAUUGAUUAAUGUCAAUUAUUGCUUUAUACAUCAACGCAUUAAUCCAAAUCAUCAGAUAGUUACACCCCUACUAAUCAACUGAGGAAUGAUUUUUUUUUUACCCUUUACUGCAUGGUGUUGCCAUAUAGCAACAAGUAAAUGAUCUACAAUUUUUUAAUCGCAAUAAAGGGGAGGCUUUAACUCUGACAUAAAAAUAAAAAAAAGCCAUCUCAUACAUUUUAUUAUUUUUGACUGUAUGAUGCUUUCCACCAUUACACAUUGUUGCCAUACGGUAACAGUUUACCAGAUACCCCACCCCCUAAUUUUAUUUCCACAUUUGUAAAGAUAUUUUUAUUACUUGAACUAAUUCAAGUAAUAAAAACCCAUUUAAAAACAUUUUUGGAUGUAAAUGUAAUAAUUUAUACAGUAGAGGGUUAGCAGAACAUUUGUGAAAGGUUUUGUUUGACCAAAAGCACCUGUGAUAAUAUUUCAUAUUUCUGCCUUUAGAUGUUUUACACCUCACCUCUCUGUUAGAGAUAAAACUUUCAUUUGUGAUGAGCAUUAUGUGGAAGUCUCGUGAACUAAGGGAUUAUUCAGUUGGUUUAGUCUUUCAUUUAAAAAAAAAUCUAGCUUUUAAAUUGGGAAUUUUUGUUUACUGUUGCUUUAAUAAAUCUCUACCUAUGUUACAGAUUAAAAAAAAAAAAGAUUUAAUAUGUAUAACUUUAAAAAGUACAAGUACUUCUAGUACAACUUGUACAAGUGCUCUUAUCAUAGAUUACCAACAUAAAUGAGAGAGUAAUGUAGACAGAGUUUAGUAUAUUAGCGGAAUUGCUUAAAUACAAAGCUGUAUUAUAAGUAAAAUUGAUUAGUUCUGCAUUGAAAUUACUUAUAAUGCUGAAUCACUGUAAAUUCAGUUGAUGGCAAUGUCAUUUACCGGAUUUCCAACAUACAUGUAGGAUCGUUGAUCUUCAACCUUAAUAUUAGGGCUAUACAAGUUUUACAAUUCUGGCUAAAAUGAUGUAUAUCAGUGGAUGAGAUGACUAGAUUUUCUUUAGACAAUAUGAAAUUAGGGAGGCAAAGGUCCAAUGUGAACACUACUUAAUAAUCUUCCAUUAUUUUAAUGAACAAAGAGACCACAGUCCAACCCAUUAGGUUUCUGUUGGCUCACAAGAUUGAAGCUCGUGAAUUUCUGUGAAUUAAAGUCGGCACAAAAUGAAAUUAACCGCUACCAUGAGCACAUGCCUCUUUCACGUCCCGCAUCCUUUCCGCUUUAGUACUUGCUAUAGUUAAACCAUAAAUAUUGGGGAAGUGGUAGCUCAGUGGUUAAGACAUUGGAUUUUAAAUCCCUGACCGCCAAGCUGCCACUGCUGGGCCCGAGAGCAAGUCCCUUAACCCUCAACUGCUCAUCUGUAUAAAUGAGUCACUCUGGUCACUCUGGAUAAUUGGUUGUUAAUUACCUAAUGUGUUCAUUUGAAAAGUGCUGUCUCUUCCUGUGUGUAUGUGAAAUGCACAAAGAACAAGAUGGUUCACUUCCAUCAUGAAGCCAGCACUUGGGUUCAACUCAUUCCUUGGCAUUACUUUACUGUUUUAAACUCCUCCACAGCUGCUUUAGAGAAGGUGAUGAGGAUUACAUAGAAAAUGCAGUACAACAUUGUACGCACAUACAUACAUGCAUAUAUAUAUAUAUAUAUAUAUAUAUAUAUAUAUAUAUAUAUAUAUAUAUAUAUAUAUAUAUGUAUAUGUAUAUGUAUGUGUAUGUAUUUGCUCCUACCCUUUGGAACUUAAGGAAGCUCAGACCUUUGACAUAUUUAAAGCUCAACUCAAGACAUACUUUUUUUAAACUAGCAUUUGUUUGCUGAUGUCUACUUUUAUUAUUAUUAUUAAUCUAUUGUUUGUUGUUUUGGUUUUUUUUUCUGUGUACUGCUUAUUUUGUGUACAGCGCUUUGAGAAACUGCUUUUAAAGGCGCUCUAUAAAAUAAAGUUUAUUUUAUUAUUAUUAUUAUUAUUAUUAAUAUAUAUCUACUGAAGGUAUAGAAUAUGUGAUAAACCCCCACGCAAAGAUCAAUGCAAAUGAACAGAAACAAUGCAAUAAUUCAUACUACAUUUCAUUUCUGUAACUAGUUUUCUCUGUAUUAUACUGUUUUGCUCAUUUGAAUUUGAAUCACAAGUGAAAUGUUGACUCUUCUGUGCUAUAUCUCUGUGUUUUGAUUAUAGAUCAGGAGUAAAGUGUUUGUUUUGUUAUUACCGUAUAAAAGACUUUGAAACAAACAUUCAAAACGUGUUUCAAAAGACACAUCUGCAUGAAAGUAGGGGCAUCAGCAAGUAAAGAAAGAUGGAACUGCGGAGUUCGCCAUAUUGUUAGGAGAUCACGAUGCCACGGUCAUCUGUGCCUGUGCAUCUGUGAGCUCAUGUAUGAGGAAGAGGGAGGAUAGUGCUUUGUUUUUUCAAACUGCUACUCGGCAGUAUUUUUAAAAGAUAUGGCGGCUGGGUUUUCAUGUCUCGGAGGAAACGUUAGCAGUCACUCUCUUCGCUUGGUAGCUGUCGUAUGAUAGGGGAGAGCUGGAUGGUGGGUGAGAAUUGGUAGGUGACCAAAACUGGGGUGAAAAUGAGAGGACUGAGCACUUAUGCUAUAGGUACUAAUAUAUUUUCAGAACAGUUAUUCCCAAAUGUAAUCACUCCAAUAACGCUAUAUUGAUUGUCUGUGUGCACUGAAAUAAUUCACUUAUGUAUAAUUUAAUAAUGUGUUCAUGCUUUAAGAAUUGUGAGGUAUGUAGUCAUAAUACUGUGCCAGGAAUUUUAUAGGACCUUGUAAAACAUUAAUGCUUUCUGUAUGAAUGUACUGCUUGUGGAUGGAAAAGACUGAAAAUAAAACUGUAUAUGAAUUAUA